GUUCGCUACAGCAAUGGAUCCCCUUCCCAUACACACAAUCAUCUGCCUUGUUUGUUGGUCAUUUUGUUUAUUGCCAUUUUAUGCAUCAUCCAGCAGCCGCCUUCUUCCCGACAAGCCGCUUUCCGCUGGUAGCACCAUCACCUCCGACGACGGCACUUUUGCCCUGGGAUUCUUCUCCCCAUCCAGCUCCAGCACAAAAUAUUACUACGUCGGCAUAUGGUACAGGAACAUACCUGAAGACAACGUUGUGUGGGUUGCCAACCGUGCUAUGCCGAUAACCGAUCCUUCUUCUGCAACACUCGCCUUCACAAGCGGAUCUAAUCUUGCCUUGUCAGACACCAGUGGCCAGCUUCUCUGGACGACAAACAUCAGCGCUGCAAGGAAUUCAUCGUCAGAGGCAACUGGUGGAGAAGCCACGCUUGAUAACAAUGGGAAUUUUAUUCUUCGGUCAUCACAUGGCACAAUUUUAUGGCAAAGCUUCGAUUACCCGACCGACACUCACCUUCCAGGUAUGAACCUCAGGAUCACCCACAAGAUGCAUGCGCUACAACAGCUCAUCUCUUGGAGAAACCCCCAAGACCCAUCCCCGGGCAACUUCUCAUAUAGUGCAGACCCUGAUGAGUUUCGGCAGCGUAUUACAUGGAACGGCUCAACACCAUACCGGCGAAGUCUGGUAUGGAACAACAAUUUGGUAGUUGGGAAGUAUAUUGAGAGUAUCAAGUCCACAAUUUACUAUACACUGCAAAUUAUUGGUGAUGAGGUCUACGCUUCUUUUGGACUACCAGUACCUAGUGUCUCAGUAGUGCUAAUGAAGAUUGACUACUUAGGCAAGAUGAAGACACAAAUCUGGAAUAGCAACAGCUCCAAAUGGACUGACCUGUAUUCAGGACCUAACCAGGAAUGCAACAAAUUUGGUUACUGUGGUCCAUCUGGUUACUGUGACAACACGCAGCCUAUUGUGACAUGCAAGUGUUUUGAUGGCUUUGAGCCAAACAACAAACAAGACUGGAUGGCCCGCAGGUUUUCACAGGGAUGCCACCGGAUGGAAGCACUUAGAUGUGGUCAAGGGGAUGGCUUCUUAAAUAUGUCAACCAUGAAGAUUCCUGACCAGUUUUUGUAUGUCAAGAAUAGAAGCUUAGAUGAAUGCAUAGCAGAAUGCACAAGCAACUGCUCGUGCAUGGCGUAUGCUUACAGCACUAUGAGAACUAAUGCUAUCGAUGAGGAUGAUACAAGGUGCCUAUUAUGGAUCGGAGAUUUGAUUGACACGGAGAAGUUCAUUGGACAAGGGGAAAACCUCUAUAUCCGAGUUAAUGGACUGAGUGGUACAGUUUACUGUUUCUGUUUCUCUGCUUGCUUUAUUAGAUAUACUCCUCUAUUUGUGUGUCCAGUGGAGCUCCAAUAAUCACCUCCUUAGUUCUAUGUUCAAUGUGAGUACAAGAAAGGUUUAAAUCAGUAGUGACGGACAAAUAUUAGAGGGUAAACUUGAUAAUGCCAUUAUGAUGGAACUGUUUGGUGCAACAUAUGUGCAGUCUGUAAAUCACUACAAUCUUUUCCAUACAAAAAGAUAAUAGCUUAUCCAAUUAGAGGGUGCUGAUUAAGAGCCACUGGAUGCAGAAUGAAAAUACGAGCAUGCAGGGGUUGGCAAUAUCCCAGAUCAUGUAAAGCAUUUCUAUCUGAAUAAUUAUCAAGGAACAGCCUCUAAUACAUGUUACAGACAUCUGAGGUGUCAGCAAACAUUUGGCCAGCCACCAACACAGUUGGUCCAAAGUCUAUAAUUCUAUAUAUGUCUGAUCUCAGUCAAUGCAUAGGAUGUGAGCCUAACUCACAUGGGCGGAAGAGCGAAUGUCAAUCAUACCACCUUGGUUCGAGCCAUAUUUCAUUGAACUUGAAUUUGAGUUACUGUCUAUUUCCUAUUAAUAGAAAAUGUAGUUGCUCCUACAAGUUCGUACAAUCCAUGUCAAUCUACAAGAUAUACAUCCCUAUAGAAGGAAACCUUCAAGUUCAGGCAUAAGUCGUUUAUGCCAUCUGAUUAUAUUACAUAAAAAACUUGGGCGUGACAACCAUUCCAUCCAGUUCAACAAAACAUGUUGUGCCGGAUUUUAGUUUGAAGUAUCAAGCCGAAGUUUUGUAUUUCCCAAAUGUUACCAUACUCGUGAUGCAAUUGUUCAUGUGAGAAAUAGAUUGCUUGAGAGUCGAGACUAUGUGCAUGUAGUUCAUACUUGUAAGAAAUAUUUGGUUUGUGAAACUAACUAUUUAGCAAAUGUGUAAUCGUGAUUGCUUACAGACUGAAUUUUGGCAGAUAAAAACCGGAAGAGCAAUGUUUUAAAAAUUACACUGCCAGUCGUUUCAAGUUUGCUCAUAAUCAUAUGCGUGUGCCUUGCUUGGAUCUGCAGCUUUGGAGGCAAACAAAGAAACAAGAAAAUUUGGAAGAAGCUGAUGUCAGGAACUUCAAGCACUUCUAUUGAACUUCGUGAUGGAAACUUGAAGUAUCCUUUUAUUAACUUCCAAGAAAUUGUACUUGCAACAAACAAUUUCUCUAACUCCAACAUGCUUGGACAUGGAGGUUUUGGCAAUGUUUACAAGGUAACGUGGAAUUUUCUCUUAUAGAGCAACAUAACUGUAUUUCCGUCUUGUUUGACUUAAAAGUAUGCAAGUGUCCAGGCGACAUUAGAAGAUGGUACAGAAUUUGCUGUGAAAAGGCUUAGUAAGGGUUCUGGACAGGGGGAACUGGAGUUCAGAAAUGAAGUAAUACUCAUUGCGAAGUUGCAGCACAAAAACUUGGUUAGACUUCUCGGUUUCUGCAUCCACGGAGAUGAGAAACUAUUGAUAUAUGAAUACUUACCUAACAAAAGUCUGGAUGCCAUGCUUUUUGGUAUGUUCUGCUUACGUCUUGCCAAAUUUCAGUAAGUAAUGAAAUCAACUAAAAUAACUGAUUAUCCUUCAAUUGAUGCUGUUGGUAGCAGAUGCCACAAGAAAAUCAAUGCUUGAUUGGCCAAUAAGAUUCGAGAUAACCAAAGGGGUAGCUAGAGGACUUCUUUAUCUUCAUCAAGAUUCAAGAUUGAAGAUAAUUCACAUGGAUCUCAAAGCAAGCAACAUAUUAUUAGAUGCCGAAAUGAGCCCUAAGAUAUCUGACUUUGGUAUGGCAAGGAUAUUUGGCAGCAAUCAGCAGCAAGAAAAUACCAACCGCGUUGUUGGCACAUAGUAGGUGGUAUACUGCAUAAAUUAUGUUUAUGCAUUGUUCCUGUGCUUGACUAAAAUUAUGUUCUGUGUUCAAACAGCGGUUACAUGCCGCCUGAAUAUGUUUUGAAAGGAGUGUUUUCUGUCAAGUCUGAUGUAUAAAGCUUUGGAGUUUUACUACUGGAGAUUGUGAGUGGCUCAAAGAUCAGCUCUGUGCACCUAAAAGCAGACUUCCCCAGCAUUAUAGCCUACGCAUGGAGCUUAUGGAAGGAUGGGAACACAAAGGAUUUUGUCGACUCGUCAAUUGUGGACAGCUGCUCACUUAAUGAAACUAUACGGUGUGUCCAUAUCGGUCUCUUGUGUGUUCAAGGCAGCCCAAAUGCGCGGCCACUCGUGUCGUCAAUCAUGUCCUUUCUGGAGAAUGGAGAUAUAUCACUUCCACCUCCAAAAGAGCCUGUGUAUUUUGCAGAAGAUAACCAUGGUACUGAUGGAGCAGCAGAAAAUAUUGUGAAUUCUAAAAAUAACAUGAGCAUUACAGCACUAGAGGGACGCUAGUACCUAGCAGUGCCGUGUGUACUUUGUACAACUGUAUACUGGAUAAGAAACUGGGAUUUCUCUUGAAGAGCAAGAAGCUUUGUGUUAAUAUAAAUAAUGUAUUUCAACCCCAGGAGCCCACAGCAAAUGGGAGAGGUCUCAGUGUUCUCAUUAAAGACCCUUCUCAGCAAGAAUUUUGGAUGCAUAAGAGAAAGCAAGUUAACCAACCAAUUGAAAUUUUGUACGCUUACAGAAAAGGAUAGUUGAAUUGUAUAUUUUGACAUUUUGCAUGCAGUAUGUCUGUUAGUCAGAGCACCAUAGAGGUUCCUUUCAAGGGAUAAAAGACAACUGCCGAUUUGCGGAAAAUGGAAAAAACAUGCCAGUAGCUGGUUUCUUCUUUCAGGCAUUUCCACAAACACCUUGUACUCACAACUCUGAGCUCUCUGCUCACGGGCAUCAUUCAUCGAAGACAACCUCGGCGCGAGAUUUCUUCCAUUAAUUCGCAUCAAAUAGGGUGCAAGAAACAACUAGAGAGUGGCAUGGC